UCUGAUUUCUAUGCUUUAAUUUGGUGGUGCCCUCUCUCCAGGUUCUACGCAUCAGAAGUGGUUGCAGCCCUUCAGUACAUUCACAUGCUGGGAAUUGUUUACCGCGAUCUCAAGCCGGAAAAUGUGCUGAUCCGAUCGGACGGCCACAUCAUGAUGACGGACUUCGACCUAUCCUUGAAAUGCGACUCAACGCCAGCCGCCGUAGUUCCCUUACAAAAUCCACCGCCAGACGCUUCUCCAAAUAAUAACGACAAAUUCCGGAUCUGCAACAACAUCCCCACGCCGAAACUCGGCUGCACAGCUCCGGCGGUUUCGUGCUUCCACCAGAGCUGGAAGCGCAACGGAAAGAGCCGAAAACGUAAGCACUCGCUGCUCGAGAUGGUGGCGGAGCCGAUAGACAUCCGGUCGAUGUCGUUCGUCGGAACUCACGAGUACUUGGCCCCGGAGGUCGUGUCGGGAGAAGGCCACGGCAGCGCGGUGGAUUGGUGGACGCUCGGGAUAUUCAUUUUCGAGAUGUAUUACGGCACGACGCCGUUUAGAGGAGCUGAUCACGAACAUACCCUGGCUAACAUUCUGGCUCGGGCGGUGGAAUUUCCGAAGGAGCCCGUCAUUCCCGCCGCCGCGAAGGAUCUGAUAACGAGAUUACUGGUAAAGGAUCCGGCGAGGAGGUUGGGGUCUCAAAUGGGAGCCACGGCGGUGAAGCAUCACGCCUUCUUCUACGGGGUGAAUUGGGCACUCUUGAGACGUGAAACGCCGCCGUUUGUCCCUCGGAGUAUAAAUCCAAGUGAUUUUUCAAAUGAAACUUGUUCAGACAUUCCAGUGGAGUAUUACUAAUUGAUUAUUACCGAACACUAUUCUGUAAACUUCACUUGUUUUUGAAAUUUAUCCUUCAAAAAAUUAAUGAUCUAAAAUUGUCUAGUUUAUGUUACAAUUUUAUCUCAAUUCAUAGGCUAGUUAGGUAUUCAAGAUAUAAACAAUUGAUCUUUGAAUAACACGGAGUAUAUUAAGAACUAAG